GCUAUUAGAAAAGAAAGAUCAGCUGAGUCCUUUGGACCUGAUCAACUUCAUCCAGGAGCUACUGACUUCAACUACUUCGGCCUAACUCUCUGAAACGAUGAAUUAUACAAGCUAUAUCUUAGCUUUUCAGCUUUGCGUGAUUUUGUGUUCUUCUGGCUGUAACUGUCAGGCCAUGUUUUUUAAAGAAAUAGAAAACCUAAAGGAAUAUUUUAAUGCAAGUAAUCCAGAUGUAUCGGACGGUGGGUCUCUUUUCGUAGAUAUUUUGAAGAAAUGGAGAGAGGAGAGUGACAAAACAAUCAUUCAGAGCCAAAUUGUCUCUUUCUACUUGAAACUGUUUGACAACUUUAAAGAUAACCAGAUCAUUCAAAGGAGCAUGGAUACCAUCAAGGAAGACAUGCUUGGCAAGUUCUUAAAUAGCAGCACCAGUAAGAGGGAGGACUUCCUUAAGCUGAUUCAAAUUCCUGUGAACGAUCUGCAGGUCCAGCGCAAGGCGAUAAAUGAACUCAUCAAAGUGAUGAAUGAUCUCUCACCAAGAUCCAACCUAAGGAAGCGGAAAAGGAGUCAGAAUCUGUUUCGAGGCCGCAGAGCAUCGAAAUAAUGGUCAUCCUGCCUGCAAUAUUUGAAUUUUUAAAUCUAAAUCUAUUUAUUAAUAUUUAAUAUUUUACAUUAUUUAUAUGAAGAAUAUAUUUUUAGACUCAUCAAUCAAAGUAUUUAUAAUAGCAACUUUUAUGUAAUGAAAAUGACUAUUAAUAUAUGUAUUAUUUAUAAUUCCUGUAUCCUGUGGCUAUUUCAUUCAACCCCUUCUCGCCACUCCCCCCCACCCGAACCUCUUCCUUUUUUUUUUUUCCUGACCGACUAGGCAAGACUGUGAUUUCAAGGCUUAAUCUCAGGGACCAAGUAGGCAGCCAACUUAAGUAAGAUCCUGUGGGUUGUGCAUUUAUUUCACUUGAUACAAUGAGCACUUAUAAGUGAAAUGAUGCAUUCCAGUUGCUGCCUACUUGGGAACAUGUCUGCAUGAUGAGCCACUGCUCUAGAGGCAUGUCAGACGCCACUUGAAUGUGUCAGGUGAUAUGACCUGUGUCCUGAUUAACACAUAGCAUUUCUUCUCAUGCCUGGUGCUUCAGAAUACCACUGACAACUAUGACUGUACCCAAUGGAAAACAAUUAAUUUGUUUAGUUCAUCAAUAUUUAAUAUAUAUGAAUAAAGUAUAAUUUCAUAAUGA